CCAAUGCGAAACAGCCCUGUCUUGCGAAAUUAUUUCGACGCGACGCGAGUGGAGAAAAACAAUCCAAUUUUUUGUGAAAUCGAGAUUUACCGUGGCCAGUUAGCAGUUAAUCCGUUAAGAAGGACACCAGGCGAAACGGGCGCCACCAGAUGAGCAGCACGUGAACGAUGGCGUUGAACAAGAGGAAUAGCUCGCACUCGGACGCAGUUUCGGGCUCCGAGGUGGACUACAAGUUUUCGUGUCGCUGCUGCUUGAAAACGGACGCGGAGUACCUAAAACUAGACUCGGUGGCGAUGGCGCGCAGCCUUGAUCCCGCGGAUGCGGGGGACAAGAUCCCGCUCCUUCGAUGCCUGCUCUUCUGCGUGGGCGCCGAAAAUGCUCCGGAGCUUCCGCAGUUAAUCUGCAUUGAGUGUAGCAAGAGCCUGCAGGUGGCCUACUACUUCCUGAAGAAUGCACUGCGUGCUCAUGAGAUUCUGUGCAGGAAACUGUGCUCCAAGGGUCAGAGAAGACCUAAUGGCGCCUUGGGCCAGGAGCCGGAAAAGGGGCCGGCAAAGCCAGUCGCUAAAGAGCCAGAGACACUAAAGACGAUGCGGCACGAGUGCCAGGUGUGCGGAGUGGUGGUCUACAAUCGUCUAGAGCUUAAGCAGCACAUACGCCAGCAUGCAGAGGGCAUCUCUUACAACUGCAAGUUGUGCAUCUUCACCACGCUGAAACAGCGCGUUCUACUGGAACACUAUGUGACCUUUCACGGUCUGUCCAUUGGCCAGGCGGACGAACAUAUUAAGUCGAAGGAACCGCCAGCGCCCAUUAACGAAGAUCCCAAACCGGUGUGCACGCUGGAGGACAUGGAAUUGCUGAUACCCACUGUGCUGGCCCCCGAUGACUACGUGCAGCCACAGCCGCAGAUCGAUGCCGACCAGCUGCGGGACAUCGAGCAGCAGCUGGCCGUCAGCAUGGGUGAGGCGGGGCCCGGAGUGGACACCCUCACCUCCACCUUGCCACCCAUGGAUACGCCCAAUGUGAGCAUCGGCACCGAGUACCUCGUCCUGCCCGAUGGCACACUGCAGCAGGUCAACGGAAGCGGCGUGGUCAUUGAGUAUAUUGACGAUAGCAAGCCGAACAACCCCUCCAAUGUUAAUAUUAGCCUGCAAAAGCUUCUGUCCGGCGAUGACGCAAACGAGCCAAUGGAUAUCGAUGUCAACGAGCUAAUCGUGGAGGAAGUAAUGCCGCAGAUAAGAGUCAAGCCAAAGCCAACCGUUGGCGGAUCUCACAUCUACAAGCACAAGUGCAAGCUGUGUCCCAAAACAUUCUCAACAAUUCCGCGUUUAAAAUCUCACCAGUUGACCCAUAGCAAUUUGCCCAAGUUCUUCUGUGACCAGUGCGAUUUCUACUCACUGCGGAGCGCCGAUCUCAUCCAGCACUACAAAAUGGUUCACCAUCGGUUGGAUGAGAACGGAAAGAUCAUCAAGGACCCGGCGCCGGUGGAGCAGACCGGCGUGUUCUCGUGCGACAUGUGUCUCUUUGAGACGCGCACGCCCACACAGCUGAGGAAUCACUACACCGAAUCCCACACAAUCCAGCCCACGGAGGUGCAGCUGCGUCCCAGCUGGUCGGGCGAGGUGGGAGCCAGCACUGUCCAUGAGGCACCGAUUGUCGUGGCCACCAAUGAGCUGCCGCCGGCUAGGAAAUCAGAUCACACCGACAUCCCAGAGGGCAUUAAAUAUCCACCAGUUGAAGUUGGUCAGCCACUUGUUGCUGAUCCGUCAGUUGUUGCGGCAGCGCAGGUGGAAGUGCAGCAACCAGCGGCUAUGCCCACCAUAUCGACGACGAUUCCUCAAACAAGCAGCAUUAACAUGGUGGUAGAUGCCACGCCGCUCUUCUUUGCGCCGACCUCCAGUUCCACGGUUGUAACACAUUCGGUCCCAGUGACAACGGUGGGGGAUUCCACCGGUGGAACCGACAGCAAUGCAUUUGGAAUUUUUCCAGAAAUCCCAGAGACCAAUCUUCCAGCGAACGAACCCGUUCAGCAAAUGCCAUCCGCCAAUACGUCUAACAUUUCGAUGUUUGGCGACAUGCAGGAUUUCAUUGACAACACCGAUGUGGCCGCCAUAUGCACUAUACCGGCGGAUGAUAUGCCCGUGGUGGAUGGUGAUGAUAUUGUGAUCGAUAACAACAACAUGAGUAUUGAUUUUGAUGCCGAGAAUCUGUUCGAGGACUUCGAGGAGGAGGACGAUGCGGUGGGCGAAGAGGAGGGGGAGGAGGAGGAGGAAGAGGAGGAUGCCGACAACGAUGACGAAAAUGACAACAAUGAUGCUGCAACGGAUCAGAAUUUGCUUUUGACCAGCGACGAUGACGAUGUGGAUGACUUCGAUGACGAGCAAUCGAAGCAUCUGCAGAAGCCCUACUGCAUUUACUGCAACAAGAAGUUUACCAGCCAGUACAAAUUCGAAAACCACAUGUUUGUCCAUCGCGGCCUAGCACCCUAUCGCUGCGAGCUGUGCACCAAUCUCUACAACAUGAAGCGACUGCUCAUCAGGCACUACAAAACCGUGCACAAGCGUAUGCCCACAAGAGACAUGGUCCAGGCCAAGGGCGAUAAGGUGUCCGUGCCCCGAACCAACAUUGAGACGCUCUGCGUUGGCAGUGCCAAGAAACCCAUGCUUAUGUGCGCAAAAUGUCCGUUUGAGUGCGAAUCAGAUGCGGACAUGCGAAAGCAUUUGAAUGCCCACCACGGCAUCAACGAUGGUGUGUCUGUGCAUGCCAACGAGGUGUUUAUUAUACGCAAACUACCCUUCGAGUGCCCACGCUGCAUUCGAUCGUUUGCGGCUAAGAGCACUCUCAGCCGCCACCUGCAACGCAGUCACCUGGUGGACACAAUUAUUGAGACGCAAUCGCCGAAUUCGGCGGCCACCAUCACAGCCACCGAAAAUCCGGCCGUCGAGGAUGGUAAACUCAAUCUGAUGAUGCCGACGGACGGUGGGGCUGAGAGAAUGACGACGGCUGACUCAGAAGGCAAUGGCGGUGGCAAUGAAGGUGGAGGCGGAGAUGAUGGAUCAGCAUUAAGAAUGGAGCCGGCAGUGCCAGAGGAAGAACUCGAUCCAGUGACACUGGACGCAGCCACAGCGGUGACGACAACAGCAAUUGAGGCAGCAAUAACAGCGGCAGCAGCAGCGGAAGCUACAUCCUCCGGAUCACCCACCACAACCACAGCCCCAUCGUCAGCCAACCCCUUCCCCACAUUUGACAUGUAUUACGACAUCAUGGGGGACGCCACCCAGCAAGCGACCCAGCCAAAUCUCCAUGCCAUUUCCAAAGUCACCAGCACGGAUGCUUCAUCGCUCAACGGGAGCGAUAAACUGCUAGACACGUCCGCCGCUCUGGCUGCAUUGCCAUCAAAGGCGUUGCGCUCCAAUUCCCGUCUGCCCCGCGGUCCCGUUUACGUGUGCAAGCUGUGCACCAAGGCCUUCGACGAACUGGGCAAGCUGGUCAAGCACGAGAUGGAGAUGCACUCCAAUACGGAGCGGGCGCGGUGGGGCUUCCAACACAAGUGUGCCAUUUGCAAUACCUCCUACCGCACGCUGACGCUGCUUAAGUUCCACAUGAAGCGGCACGCCCAUCGGAAGCCCUGCAAGCUGUGCCCCAAAACCUUUGUCACGAACGUGGAGCUGGAGCGGCACACGAAGGCCAAACACAACAAGGACAAGACGAUACGGUGUUCGUUUGAAGGCUGCCGUAUGAUGUUCGCCUUCAAACACCACAUGGUUCGCCACCAGAACGCCACCCAUCGGAGAACGCCGCCGCGGCACAAAUGCCAUGUUUGCAACAAGGAACUAGUGAACAGUGUGCAGCUGAGAAAUCACAUGAGCGAGCACAAGGACGCGCUAACGUACAAGUGUCCAGAGUGCGAUCGCACCUAUUUGCGGCGCGGAAGACUUCAAACCCAUAUCCUCAAGGUCCACAAUAUCCAUCUAAACGACGAAGAGAUGCCUACCCUCUCUUCAGUUAGUGGCACUUCUACCAAUCCGCACGACGACGAAAAGGAAAGCGAGGAGGAGACCGCAACUGAUGCCGCAACCGCAGCCAACAAUUCCAAGUAGUUUCAAUUCAUGCUCUCAUUAAUCAAGCAAAGUAAUCGCACAAUGUACAAAGUUUAAUAUAGUCUAAGUACUGUUCCUCAUCCUUGAUUUAGCACAUCUAAUGUCUUGAGUUUUUCGAUUUUAAGUUGUAGAUUAUGCGCAUUAAUCCUAAACUCUCAUUUAACAUAAGCCGAAAAUAUAACAAAAAUUGGUUGAAUCUGUCGAUCUAUUGAUUUGUACAAGUGAAAUAAUCAAUCAAUUGUCAAGUGAAAUUAUCAAUUAUAUUAUAGAAUCGCCUUAAUUGUUAAAUAUCGCACGAGGCCCCAACCACGACUGAGGCAAUCUCCACCAGCUGGCUCUGCUUUGGCCAAAGAGGAAACAGCUUCACAAUUAGUCUUAACGAAUCCUAUAUCAUGUAUUUUUUUUUCUCAUUUCUAAGGGACUUCCAUGAUGAACAUGUAUUUUAUAUAUCUGCGAGCAAUAAAUGUCCUUAAUAUAUUAA